UCAGGUGAUCCACCCACUUCGGCCUCCCAAAGUGUGCUGAGAUUACAGGCAUGAGCCACCGUGCCCGGCCAAUUGUUCUAUUUUUGAUACUUCUCAGAGCUUUUAAUCUCUUUAACUUAAAAGAACAGUCACCCAGGCUGAAUACGUGGUCUCAGUGCAGAAUUAACACAAAAGAAAUUUGGCCCAAUUUGUCUCAAAGACCCUUACAAAUUCCGUCAAGUAAGAGAGGGAAGGGAUAUUGCAUGAACGUAGCAACUAUCCCUGCUUUCAAGUGGUUUAGCAGGUUGGAUAGAACCAUUUACUAGAAAAGGGUGCUGUCUUCUGUGUUACACUUUGAAAGAUCAUCUAGUCGGCUGGGCAUGGUGGCUCACGCCUGUAAUCCCAGCACUUAGGGAGGCCGAGGCGGGUGGAUCACAAGGUCAGGAGAUGGAGACCAUCCUGACUAACACGGUGAAACCCCGUUUCUACUAAAAAUACAAAAAAUUAGCCGGGUGCGGUGGCAGGCGCCUGUAGUCCCAGCUACUCGGGAGGCUGAGGUAGGAGAAUGGGGUGAACACGGGAGGCAGAGCUUGCAGUGAGCCGAUAUCGCGCCACUGCACUCCAGCCUGGGCGACAGAGCGAGACUCCAUCUCAAAAAAAAAAAAAAAAAAAAAUCAUCUAGUCACAGAAAACCUGAAAAUAAGUUGGCAAGAUGUAAACUAAUGGGAACUCUUAAAAUUGGUAACAAUGCUUGGAAAAUGAAUUUAGCAUUUAUAACCUUUUAAAGUUGAAUAUGUGCAUGCCCUACAGCCCAUCAAUUUCACUUUAAAGCAUUUAUACAAAAAGUGCACCAUGGUGCAUAAACAAGCAACGUAGUCAAAAUAUUUGAUUUUAGGUCGUAGACAUUCACCAAUCAGACCACCAGUUAAUCAGAACUUGAACCAGCUGUAAACAAUAUGGCCUUGCAGAGGCGUUGCUCAUGGCAUUUACAGUAGCAAAAGGAUCCAAAUGCCCAAAAAAAUGACCCAAAUGCCCAUUGACAGGAGCAUUGGUAUAUUAUGGUAUAUUACUGGAACAGAAAGCAUCAAUGAAAAUGAUUCACAGUGUUAUGCAUUAGCAUGGCUAAAUCUAUGAGGAAUACUGAGGUUGAAUAGUUCACAAAUAAAACUUGUGUUUUAGGAUAUGCAAAGAAAAGAGAAUGGGGAACAGUCGCCUCCUGGGGAUCAUAAUGGGAGAAGGAGGAGCAUACAGAAUCUCAACAGUAUUGUUGAUGUCCUGUCUCUUGGAUGUUAGGUUCAUGUGUUUUGGUAGGUGGUGGCUUCACAAGUUUUUAUUAUGUCUCAGCCUCCACAUAUGCUACAUGUUUUGUACAUUUUUAAAGUAUGUAUGCAAUCAUAUUUAUAUAUAAUUGUAUCUGUAUACAUAAACAUUUUUAUUUUAAAAAGCUGGUUAAUAAGAUUACAUAAAUGAGAAUUUCAGAAAAUGCUACAGGAAUUCAAGCGUGGCACACAGCCUGCACUUACUAAGCACUCAAAUGAUGAUGAGCUGAUUAAUUUAAGCUGGGUCUCAAAGGAUGGAUACCAGACAAAUUUUAAAUGAGAGUGAUGAAGAGAGCACACUACAAUAUGCAAGGUCAAAGAAGUGGGAAAGUUCAAAACAAGUAUGAGUGUUUCUCUCAUUCUUACUGGAUAAUAGGAGAUACAUUUAGGAAAGGAGAGUUAAGAAAUUAGAAUGGGGACAACCUGGAGGCACUGCAGGACACAGUGCAGGAGAUGAUCAAGUUAUGGACAAUCAAUGCUUUUUUAGUGGGGAAAAGCCAUGCUUAGAGACAAAGAAAUAAAUAGUUCAGUUAAGUGUUUUGAGUUCUCAUUUAAUCCCAGGUCAAAUGAAAAGAGGCAAGAAGGAAGCUAACAACACCUACUGUGGACCAGUGCACUGCUAGUUUGCUCACUAUCAAAUUUGCCACAGACGCUUUUACAGAGUUGGUGGUAUCACCCUACUUUUACAUUUAAUGAGAGGUGCCGGGGUUAAAUGAUUUGACCACGUUCAUUCAGCUAGUAAAAUGGUAGUACCUGAAUUCAAACCAAGUGUAUAUGAUUCUAAAGUAUAUUCACUUUUCUCCACACACCAACAUAGUUUAAAAAACAAAACAAACUCAGGAAUGAGAACACUCAAGAAGGCUUAGUUGGUAGUAACCCUUUACUUGAAAUCAAAACUUAAGCAAUAAGCUGCUUCCCUGAUAGCCUAAUGAACAUUUAUGUGUAUUUGCUGGCUUUUAUAUGCAAAUUUUACAUGUUUCCUUUGUGAAGAUUUUGGGAUCCUAAAGAACCUUGUCAUAACUACUUUGUGCAUUAUACAGUCACAUGCAUUUCCCUCAUGGCACAACUCACUGUGCCUUGUAUUUUAGUUGUGUCCAUAUCUGUCUAGCUUGGAAGCUCUAGAAAGGUAAGGCCAUGUUAUCUUCAUCAUUGUGGUACUUGCCAUGCCUCUUUGUGUUUUUCAUGUAGUGGAAAUUCAUUGUUCAGUAAAUAUUUUAUACUCGAGGCUGGAAAUUAAUCAUCACAGUACCGGUACCUUGCAAAAACAAGGGGAAGAGCAGGGAGAAGUCAGGAAGGAUCCUUAGGGAAAAGCCAGAGGAAUGAAGCUUGAAGCAGCCAUUUUCCUCAAGAUUUUCACAACCAGUUGAUGCUUCUUGGCCCAUUCUCCCAUUUAUAGGCCAGGGAGAAAGAAUCAAGGGCAUGUGUAAGGAAAAAUAAGUUCUCAGUUGGCCCCCUCCUCAUACUUGUAGGUGAAUUUGCCAUUAUUGUGCUGUGUGUGGGAAGCACAAGAAGGAAGGAGUUAACUCGUUCUUCAGAACUGCUGAUUGAGGAGCUAUUUGCUGGAAGUACCACAAGUAGGCAGAGCCAGGUUGCCUUUUAAGAGUAAUCGUUGUAUUAGCCAAAAAAUCUGGAAGCAAUCCAAAUAUUGAAAUGACUUAAAUGGUCCAUCCACUCUGGAAUAUUAUGCAGUCAUUGAAAACGUUUAGAAAGACUAGCAACAUGAAAAAAGCCGUGAUAUGGAGACCAAAAAAAAAAAAAAAAAAAGGUUACGCUGGGUGUGGUGGUUUAGGAUUGUAAUCCCAGUGGGAGGAUCGCCUGAGUCCAGGAGUUCAAGGCCAGCCUGGGCCACAUAGGACUCUGUUCUACAAGGCAUGUUUAAAAAUUAGGCGGGCGUGGCGGCACCUGUGGUCCCAGCUACUCAGGAGGCUGAGGCGGGAGAAUCGCUUGAACCCGGGAGGCAGAGGUUGCAGUGAGCCGAGAUCGUGCCACUGCUCCAGCCUAGGCGACAGAGCGAGACCCCGUCUCAAAAAGAAAGAAAAAGCCGGUUAUACCUUAGGAGGGACAUAAGGAAAGGAUCGGGGGAUCAAAAAGCUGUGAAGAAUUCUUUUUAUGUAUUAAGCACCCACAUAGUCAAAGGCUAGGACAAAGCCAAAAAGAUUCCUGCUGCAGAUUCACAGUUACAAUAGCAUGGCCCCUUCUCACAAGAAGCCACCGUAUUCACACGUUGUGCUUUUCUCAGUUCAAGCGGCCUCUCCCUUUUGAGUAACCAGGGUAACCACGCUGUGCCCGAGUGUGCCGGGCGGGGAGGUGAGGCCGCAGCCCCAGCCCCGCGGGGCCUGGUUGUCUACUAGAAGAGAAGUAAGCGGCCCCAACGCAAGCCUGACUGCGAGACGUGUCCAAGAGAGUCCUUCCUUCAGAAGGGAAAUUUCUGAGGGUCAGGAAGGGGAAUCUGUACCUCACUUCUUGAACACCAAGGAAGGAAUAUUGGGAAACCAAAAUGAGGCACAAUCAGAUGUGUUGUGAGACACCACCUACUGUCACUGUUUAUGUAAAAUCAGGGUCAAAUAGAUCACAUCAGCCUAAAAAGCCCAUUACUCUGAAGCGUCCUAUUUUUAAAGAUAAUUGGCAAGCAUUUGAAAAAAAUACACAUAAUAACAACAAAUCUAAACGCCCCAAAGGACCUUGUCUGGUUAUACAGCGUCAGGAUAUGACUGCUUUCUUUAAAUUAUUUGAUGACGAUUUAAUUCAAGAUUUCUUGUGGAUGGACUGCUGCUGUAAAAUUGCAGACAAGUAUCUUUUGGCUAUGACCUUUGUUUAUUUCAAGAGGGCUAAAUUUACUAUAAGUGAGCAUACCAGGAUAAAUUUCUUUAUUGCUCUGUAUCUGGCUAAUACAGUUGAAGAAGAUGAAGAAGAAACCAAGUACGAAAUUUUUCCAUGGGCUUUAGGGAAAAACUGGAGAAAAUUGUUCCCUAAUUUCUUAAAGUUAAGGGACCAGCUCUGGGAUAGAAUUGACUAUAGGGCUAUUGUAAGCAGGCGAUGCUGUGAGGAGGUUAUGGCCAUUGCACCAACCCAUUAUAUCUGGCAAAGAGAACGUUCUGUUCAUCACAGUGGAGCUAUCAGAAACUACAACAGAGAUGAAGUUCAGCUGCCCCGGGGACCUAGUGCCACACCAGUAGAUUGUUCACUCUGUGGUAAAAAAAGAAGAUAUGUUAGACUGGGAUUGUCUUCAUCAUCAUCUUUAUCCAGUCAUACAGCAGGGGUGACAGAAAAACAUUCUCAGGACUCAUACAACUCACUGUCAAUGGACAUAAUAGGUGAUCCUUCUCAAGCUUAUACCUGUUCUGAAGUAGUCAAUGACCGUCAAUCAAAUAAAGGAAAGAAAACUAAUUUCUUGAAGAAAGACAAAUCUAUGGAGUGGUUUACAGGAAGUGAAGAAUGAGAUGGCCCAACUAAACCAAUCUGAAUCGUUAACUACAAAAUGUCAAACUAAAUGCAAGACAAGUGUCAAAAUGGGAUGUUUAAGCAGUUUUGCCAUGUUAUACAUCUUUUAGUUGUUAUUUUCAAAAUUAUAUGUAUAAGUUAUAUAAGUCAUAGUAAUAGCUAAAAAUGCCAAUCUAUGAAAGUAGUGAUUUUCAAUAUAAAGUUCUAUUUUGAUAUUUUUCCAUCUUCAAGUCAGUUGCUGUCAUCUGGAGUACUCAGUUAAGUUGUGGUUUGACCUUCCUCAACUUGACAAGAAAAGCUAAUUUAAGAGAAGAAAAGCAUAAAGUCAAUAUAUUAAUUAAAAGAAAAAACACCAUUUAAUAUGUUCUGAAAACAUUACUCACCUGUAUGACCAGGUUGCCAGUGUACUGGUCUAGCAACAUAGGGAAAUGAUCCAUAUGGAAAAUCAGAAUGUGAUUCUUCUGUUGUAAAAAAUAUAUGUACUAUAAGCUACAUAAAAUAUUUUCUAUUUUUUUCACAAAACUGUUAAAAUAUGAGUUACUCUCUUUAUUGUGUUUUCUUUUUAUAUUCCUUGCAUAUGUUUUAGAGCUACUCUGCCAGUUAUUAUACAGAAACGAUUUGUCAAUGAUUAUGUAAUAAACAUAUGAUUUUAUAACC